UUCAUGGUUUUUCAUGCCUUUGCUGCCAUAUCCCUCAACAGAUAGAACCAAGAAUCUAUUUGGGAGCUUCUAUGGUCUCUUCAUUUUAUUUCCUUCCCUAAUCCACAUCCAGAUAUCUCUGCCACAAAGUGAAAAUUCCAGGAGAAGAGGACAAAGAUACUCAGAGGGAAAAAGUAAAGGAGCGAAGAAGGAGACUGGAGCCACCAGGAUCCUUCCAGCUGAACAAAGUCAGCCGCAAAGCAGACUAGCCAGCCGGCUACAAUUGGAGUCAGAAUCCCAAAAUCAUGGGCUUGUUAGAGUGCUGUGCAAGAUGUCUGGUGGGGGCCCCCUUUGCUUCUCUGGUGGCCACUGGAUUGUGUUUCUUUGGAGUGGCAUUGUUCUGCGGCUGUGGCCAUGAAGCACUCACUGGUACAGAAAAGCUAAUUGAGACCUAUUUCUCCAAAAACUACCAGGACUAUGAAUAUCUCAUCAAUGUGAUUCAUGCAUUCCAGUAUGUCAUCUAUGGAACUGCCUCUUUCUUCUUCCUUUAUGGGGCCCUCCUGCUGGCUGAGGGUUUCUACACCACCGGUGCAGUCAGGCAGAUCUUUGGCGACUACAAGACCACCAUCUGCGGCAAGGGCCUGAGCGCAACGGUAACAGGGGGCCAGAAGGGGAGGGGUUCCAGAGGCCAACAUCAAGCUCAUUCUUUGGAGCGGGUGUGUCAUUGUUUGGGAAAAUGGCUAGGACAUCCCGACAAGUUUGUGGGCAUCACCUAUGCCCUGACCGUUGUGUGGCUCCUGGUGUUUGCCUGCUCUGCUGUGCCUGUGUACAUUUACUUCAAUACCUGGACCACCUGCCAGUCUAUUGCCUCCCCCAGCAAGACCUCUACCAGUAUAAGCAAUCUCUGUGCUGAUGCCAGAAUGUAUGGGGUUCUCCCAUGGAAUGCUUUCCCUGGCAAGGUUUGUGGCUCCAACCUUCUGUCCAUCUGCAAGACAGCUGAGUUCCAAAUGACCUUCCAUCUGUUCAUUGCUGCGUUUGUGGGAGCUGCAGCUACGCUGGUGUCCCUGCUCACCUUCAUGAUCGCUGCCACCUACAACUUUGCCGUACUUAAACUCAUGGGCCGAGGCACCAAGUUCUGAUCUCCUGUAGGAAUUCCCCCCCUUGUCUAACAGCAAGGCUCUAACCACACAGCCUACAAUGCUGCGUCUCCCAUCUUAACUGCCUUUGCCACUGACUGGCCCUCCUCUUGACGAGUGUAACAAGACAGGAGAGUCUGGCAAGUGAUUAAUGUCUCUCCGUGGACUCUCCCCACUUAUGUACCUCUUUUAGUCAUUUUACUUCACGGCUGGUUCUUGCCAGAAAUGGGAAAUCCCUUACUGCAAGUCACAUGGGAAUAGAGGCUCUGAUUCAGUUUCCCGGCAUCUCCUGAGUACUGGGAAGUGCCUUCUUCUCAAAGGGCACUUCCAUCGAUGGAAACAAAGAUGCUGAGGUAGAGAGAAGGAAAGUGUGUGGUCCUCUUGUCAUUUAUAGGGGUCAAAUACAUUCUCAUGCCUUUAUCCAUUUGACCACCAAAGAAAGAAGGAAGAAAAUAGCUGGCAGCAAAAACAAAACAAAAGAGUAUUUGCCCUAAUCUGCCUACUGCAGCUGGGAGAAGGGGGUCAAAGCAAGGAUCUUUCACCUACAGAAAGAGAGCACUGACCCCAGUUGCUAUGGAUUAUGUAAGCCCUAACUCAGCCAAUCCUACUCACACCACAAGGGAGCCUAGUGCUCGUGUAGAUGAAGGGGGCAUCUGGCCUUACACAUCGUUCAAUAAGAAAACAGGGUAUUGUCAUCAUUUCUCACUCCCUUCUCCUUGAUAAUAGCUACCAUGACAACCCUGUGGUUUCCAAGGAGCUGAGAGCAGAAGGUAGUUUCCAGGAAAGAGACUGGCAUAAGGAGCAGCAGUUGCUGGUGGUUAACGGUGUAACCCAAAUAGCCCUCUGGUAGACACAGGACAAAUAACUCUUUGGAUAGCAUGGCUUUUCUGUUAAUUACUUGUGUACUCUGGCCUCUAUCAUAUCUUCGCAAUGGUGCUCUUUUCCUGGGGUAUUAUCCAUUUAGUCAUAAUAGCAGAUUUGAAAGUUUGUGUCAGAUUGGUGCACAUUUGAAAUUGCUCAUUUGUUUAUUGUUUGGUUGAGGUUGUAGCAGUAAGAUCUGGGAGGGUCUCUGAUGUUAUUUAUUUUUCAAAGGAAAUUUGAUAUUUAAAAUCAGCUAGUUCCAGGAAUCUAUUGAGAUUUUCUCCAAGUAUUGUGUCCUUUGAAGGGACUGAUUUGAUGAUUUUGAAUCUCAAUUUGAAUAGCCUAUUUGAUUAGAAGAUGGGAGAUGACUGUGCUUAGUGAUGUUACCCUGGCAUGCUAAGAGUGAGGUUUAAUAUAAAGUUACUUUUUCCUGGCACAGAUUAUAUAACAGAAUACACUAGCUAUCAGCUAUUCAGUUGGUAAGACUCCAUGGUCAAAAAGACAGGCAGAAAGAGUUUGAAACAUGAAUAGCUCCCUCAUUUAAAUCUUUUCCUGCUUUUGUUAGUUUUAGAUUAAAAAAAUAAAAACAACACCACCUGAUUGACUUUUUACUGAAGAAGAACGUUUUUGACUGUGGCUCUUCAUUGGCAAAGAAAGAGUAGUGCUGUUUUUCCCCCCAAAGUGUUCUCAUUGAUGUUUAAGGGGAUACUGGAUCUUGACAAAAAGAGAGCAGGUAUUUGUUUUCAGACCAGUGGACUAGAUAAGCUUCCAGACUGCGUAGACAAGAGAGGGAAAUGAAUCUAUAAGACAUGAAUCAAGAUCAAUGAAAGUGAAGUCAUCUAUACCUUUUGUUUUGUUUUGAUUUAAUAACAUAACAAAUAACCAACCCCUCCAUGAAAACCUCCCCCAGAUACAUACACAUAUAUAUACAUACACAAAGAGAGUUAAUCAACUGAAAGUGUUUCCUUCUUUUCUGAUCUAGAAUUGCAAUUUUAACACAUAUAAAGGAUAAACUUUUAGAAACUUAUCUUACAAAAUGUAUUUUAUAAAAUUAAAGAAAAUAAAAUUAAGAAUGUUCUCAAUCAAAAAC